AUGUCUAUAAAAAAACACUUGAUAUAAUUAGGAAACUUGGUUAUUGAAGAAGAAGAGGAACCAUAGUUUGAUUGCAUUAUUCCAUCAGCAAUCAAAUUAAUAUAAAUUGAAAUCUCUCCAAAUAAAUAACAACUUUCAGAAUUGCAACAGCUGAAAUAUUUGCUGGAUGACAAAUAAUACUUUUCUGCCUAUUCGAUGAAGUAAGAACUUCUCCAUAGCUAUGCCAAUGACAAUGAGUACAUCAAUUACACCAAGGAAAUUUUUGAAUUAAUUGAUGAUGACAUAGAAGAAAUCAAGGAACUCACCAAAUGGUUUGAUCUAUAGGAUGGUUGGUCAAUUUAACAAUAGGAUAGCCGAAUGUAGAUUAGAUAUUAAUAAUUGCCCAAUUCACCAAGAGUCGUUGCUAGAAUUGACACGGAAAUCAAAAUUCCUCUUGACAUCUUUAUCAGCCUUAUAUAUGAGACAGAACUAUACCCCUAAUGGUUUCCAUUCUGCAAGGACUCAAAGACUAUUUUGCAGCCGGACAAAGCCACGAAGAUUCUACAUAUGCAUUCGUCACCCCCUGUUAUAUCCGAUAGAGAAUUGUGUGUAAAGGGAUGGGGAGUGAACAACCUUGAAUACGAUGGAAGUGUUCUUAUUUUGAGUCACUCGAUCGAUAAGAGAGCAAAAUUACUGAAAAGAUAUGGGUACACUUAUUCAAUUUAUUUCUUUUGA